CCGCACCGCCGCCUGCUCUGGAGGUUGUCAGCUUUCUCGGCAAAACAUUUGGCGCAGGCGCGGCACUGACAGCUGCUGUCUACUUACUCCGCAAAGUGUGUUUAAUAAUGGCCUGGAAAUCUGGAGGAGCCAGCCACGCAGAGCUUGUUAACAACCUCCGCAAAAAUGGCAUUAUUAAGUCCGACAAGGUCUAUGAAGUCAUGCUGGCCACAGACCGAGCCCAUUUCUCUAGGUGUAAUCCGUACAUGGACUCGCCACAGUCAAUAGGCUAUCAAGCAACCAUCAGUGCCCCACACAUGCACGCCUACGCCCUGGAGCUUCUACACGACCAGCUGUAUGAGGGAGCCAAAGCUCUGGACGUCGGCUCCGGCAGUGGGAUCCUCUCGGUUUGCUUCGCACGAAUGGUUGGUGCUAAAGGGAAAGUUAUAGGAAUUGAUCACAUCAAAGAGCUCGUAGACGAGUCUGUAACCAAUGUGAAGAAAGACGACCCCAGUUUGAUAACAUCGGGCAGAGUCAAGCUACUAGUGGGAGACGGGCGACUGGGCCACACUGAGGAAGCACCUUAUGAUGCCAUCCAUGUUGGCGCAGCAGCACCCAAUGUCCCCCAAGCUCUUCUGGACCAGUUGAAGCCUGGCGGCCGGCUGAUUCUGCCCGUUGGCCCGGCGGGAGGAAACCAGAUGCUGGAGCAGUAUGAUAAGUUGGAGGACGGCAGCACCAAAAUGAAGCCCUUGAUGGGGGUGAUUUAUGUGCCUUUAACAGACAAAGACAAGCAGUGGUCCAGGUGGAAGUGACUUCUUUCUCCCCCUCCUCCCUCUCUCUCCUUCUCACAGUGGCAAAGGGAUGAACUUUGAAGAGGAGAAGACAGCCCAUAAUCCACCUUUUGAGUUUGAACCUGGAAAAAACUUGGGAUGGGGGUCAAACAGCCCAUAAGCAUAAUAAAACAUGCUCUUUUUGUUUAAGUCUAACAAUGGGCUAGUGUAUCACAUUGGUGACAGCCAAAAAGGGCUGGGGAGAAAGACUGCUUGAUGCUCAGCACAGAAAUAGUGAAAAAAGGCUCUUUUUUUUUUUUUUUUUUUUUUUUUUUUUUUUUUUUUUUUUCAGGCCUGCAUCUUUUUGGUUAUGUAUUCUUUUUAACUGCUGGAUUUUAGGUUUGUUUGAUUAUUAUUAUUUUUUUUGUGGUUUUCAUUUGAUUUGCAAUCAGCCAUUUUUGCAGUAUUACAUUUCAGCAGCAUCAAAGCUGACUGUAGGAGGAAUGCCGGACAACAACGAGGAAAGCCUGACACUUCUAGAUAACUCACCUAGCUACAGCGUGUGUGUGUGGAUCAUCUAACUGUAGACUUCUCUGCUAAAAUAUGAGCUUUUUGCCAGCAUUAUUAGGACACACACACACACACACAGGCAACACAAUGGCUGAUGUAACCCACACGUCCUGUUUGAUGCACAGCACUCUUAGGUCAUUCUACACAUAGAAUAAGCAACACAUUGGAUCAUACUGAACAUACUGCAAAGAGAGCUGAGCACUAAUAACACCGACACAUGCACGUGCAGGGCUGUGCUUUCCACCUGGUGAUCUGUUGCUUUCCGCCGCUGGUGUUCCAUUAACAAUUUGCGCAGGCUCUUCUGGUGACUGAUACCAAAUGGGGUUGUCACUGAUUUGCCAAAAUAAACUCCCAACAAUAUAAAGCAAAUGAAUGUCUGUUUUCUUGAAAUCAAAAAGCACAUUUUAUUUUGGGUGACGGAUGAUAUUUGGCUUUCACAAUUUCUGGACUGGCACAUGAAAAAUAAAAAGAUGCUUUAUGUUU